AUGGUAAACAAGUUCUUGGAGAGAUUCUAUCCUCCUCAAAGAGUCAAUAGAAUGAGGGCUGAGGUCCAAACCUUAAGGAAACAAGAUGGUAAAUCUCUCUAUGAAGUAUGGGAGAGAUACAAAGACUUGACAAGAAGGAGCCCACCAGGGGGAUCUCUAAACAAGAAGAAGAUUAUUGAAGAAGCCAUAGACAUCAUAGAAACUGUGGCCAACAAUAAAUUUUUCUAUGCCUCUGAUAAGAGCAACAAUCGACGAGUAAUGAAGCUAAAUCAUAUGGAUGUAUUACUGGCUCAAAACAAGAUGAUCACCAAGCAAUUAGCUGACCUUACCAAGCAGAUGGAAAGGAAUCAAGUUGCAGUAGUCACCACUCCACCACCAGCUCAAGAAGGAGUGCAUACAGGGGAAGGAGGUGACUGUGAACAGGCCAAUUAUGUUGGAAACUCGUCCAAACAGUCCUACGAUCCAUACUCCAAGACUUAUAACCCUGGUUGGAAGAACCACCCAAACUUUAGGUGGGAAAACCAGCAAGACCAAGGCCAAGAUCAUAGGUAUCACAACCCAAACCAAAACAACAAUGCAGCCUAUCAACACUCGACUCAAAAGCCAUAUCAACACCCACCCAACAACUAUUCUCAAUAUCCAUAUCAGACCCAAAAUGACCAUUGUCAACCCUCUAACCUCAACUCACCAUCGUCAUUUGAAGAUAGACUUUCCAGGAUUGAGACUCUACUUGAAGGCAUAUGCAAGGAAGUUCAGGACAAUAGAGUGUUCAAGGAUGAAGUACGAGCUAAUAUAAAGAAUCAGAGAGACACCAUCAAGAGGCUUGAAUCCCAAGUAGGAUAUCUUUCUCAGCAAAUUCCUAAGCCUACUGACGGCUUCCCAAGUGAAACAGAGAAGAAUCCUAGAGGAGAGACAAAGAAGGUAAGAUGCGAAGAAUGCAAGAUGAUCACUAUAAGGGAUGAGGAAGAGUUGAAAGUAGUGAACAACCCAUUAGGACACCCUCAAGGCGUUCCAAAAAAGAAUCAAGAAGAGAAGGACCAAGAAACUGAUUCUACACAAAAAAAAGGAGCCAAUGGAGAAGGAGAUUUUGAAACCAUAUGUACCCAGAUCCCCAUUCCCCCAAAGUCUCAGGGGUGGUGCAAAGGGAAAAUCAUACUCAAAGACAUGUUUGCAUCUCUCCAUGAAAUGAAGAAGGGAUUGGAUGGAAUUGAUGGGACAAACCAAGAAGAGAGGUUUAGCCACUUCAAAAAGGGGACUAGCCACAUGUCUUCGAAUAGAGUGCCUUGGGAAGUGUUGCUAUGCAACAUUGAAGGGAGAAUGCCGUUGGAGACCGAACCAACCACAUCAUAA